AUGCAGAACGAUACUGAUUCUGUUAUCUAUUUUCUAGAACGGAAGUGCUCGGCAGGUGCAGCGAUCGAAUGGUACUAUCAAUACCAGAGCUUGUAUCUUCGAUUGAUGGCGGAGAAUCAAAUGGCGGAGUGCGCGGUUUCCGAGAACGGCGAGCAACGUUCGAGCAAGACGCAACGAUCCGGGAAUUGCUUAAACGUUGCCGCGGAGAAGAUGACGGAGAACGGAUUCGACGAGGCAUCGUUGACAGGAAAGCACGAGGCAAACACGAAUAGCCGCGAUUCCUCGAGUUACUCUUGUCCGCGUUGCGGAAACGCUUACACGAGAUCUCACUCGUUGAACAGGCACAUUAGAUUCGAGUGCGGCGUCGAGCCGCAGUUCGAGUGUCCCAUAUGUCACAAGAAGUCCAAGCACAAGCACAACUUGGUUUUACACAUGAGAACUCAUCAGAAAUCUUAA